AUGGAAAACUCCGAAGAAAAAGUUAUUAUGACGCCCAAGUGUAAAACACCAACAUCCACUACCAUAGUUGUAGAAAGAAAGGUUGUUGAUACCGAACCGAGUGAUAAAAUACACAUUGCUGGUGGUGAUCACACUGGAAUCAUUAUAAACAAGGAAAAAGUUUAUGAAAACGGAGUGACAGAGCCAUGUCAUGCUCAGUUAGAGUUUUGUGUAUAUCUUGUGUCUGCAGCAACUGGAACUCAUACUCGGGAAGCAAGAGCAUUAAGAUUUUGGUUCAAGCCUGAAGUACCUCGUGACGAGUGUCCUCAUGAGGCCCAAAGCUUUUUCCGUGAACUUGUUAGUCCACAUGAUUUUCCAAAAGAUUAUGUGGGUUUCAUAAAAAAGAUAAUAAAAUUAAUGCAGCAAAAGUACCACCAACUUAAAGUGUUGGAGGUAGAACUAAGACAAGAAGGUAGUGGACCUCCACCACCAGAAUCAAAUGGCGUUAUUACGACUUUUAUUGAAGAUAGUGUUUUGAACCAAACACAAAUUAUAUCGGAGCAAAGAGUGUUGGACAUGAUCGAAAAUGCUUAUCCCAAUCCAUUGACAGUGGAAGAUUUUGUGACGGUUGGAAAAUGGUCAAAGGCAGAAGUAAAAGAUGCCUUAGAGGCGUUAGAAGAAAAGGGCUUAACGAGAUCUAUGUCGGACGGCCUUUACAUACGUCAGCAUAGUAUUGAUACUCAGGUGGUUAAGCAAAUGCCCACACUGCAUUCGUCUCGACAACCAAGCAUUGCGAUCAUCACCGCCUUGUACUGCGAGAAGCAAGCAGUCGACGCCAUGAUGGACAACCAGGAGACCUACGUACGCUAUACAACAGUUGGUGAGUAA